AUGCUGGACGCGGGUGCUGAUUGGACCAACUUGAUGACCUAUGAUCUGCAUAGGGUGUGGGAUGGUUUGGACCGCAGAUGGAUUUGCAAGGUGAUGCAGGCCCACAUGAAUCUUACCGAAAUCAAGUUGGCCCUUGACCUGAUGUGGCAAGCCGGAGUGGAGCCAUCCAAGAUCGUGAUGGGCACUGGGUUCUAUGGUUAUUUAUUCACUGUAGAUGAUCCCUCCUGCGUAGAGCCAGGCUGUGCAUUCUCCUAUGCUGGAAAUGCUGGUCCCUGUACUGCCACAGCAGGCGUCCUCUCUUAUAAAGGUAUAACUUCAGACUUCUCCUCUUCGCACGCUGCAUUCACCUUAAAGAUAAGUGUUAAUGCAGAAAAACCUCUAGAGAUUGUUGAGUAUAUGAAUUCUGAUGAUGCGGUCGUCUUUCUUGAUGACACUGAUGCAGUGAAUUACAUGAUCUGGGACUCAUCCACCCAGUGGGUUUUGUUUAAUACCAACAUCACAUUCCAGCAGAAGAUUGCCUAUGCCAAUGAAGUCUGCUUGGGGGGUGUGAUGAUCUGGUCGCUGGACCAGGAUAUAUAUGACUGCGGCCUGCUGGGUAAGGAAGUCGCUAGCGGGGACCUGCUUACUGGUGGCUCUAUGAGUGACCAGACCGCGCAGGACCUCGCGACCCUCUAUUCUGCCUAUACAGGAACGGACUGCUACAUCUCAGACUGUGUGGAUUAG